GCAGCUUUGCUCGAAAUGAAUUACACGAGUAGAUCAAUAGGAACGGGAUCGGGAGGAGGAGUAAGCAAUUCUUCUCUACCUCUUAACUAAAUGCUGCAUGCAUCUAGACGUUCAGCUUAAAAACUAUAUGUGGAUGGGUUAAGUUACCCAAAUCAAACGUCGAAUCUAUACUCGUCCUUUCAAGACCGGGGUCUAUCGAUUAUUUCUGUUAACAGCACUCCAGAAAUUUCUGCAGCUCACCGUUAUAACUAAAUUAAGAAUCUUCUACACCAGGUAUAAGGAUAUAAUGACCCGCUACACGGUGUUGAUUUUGCUGUGUAUGAUAUUAGUGAUGCAUCUAGCUAUCAUCGGUGAUGCAGCCAGAGGUAAAUCACGGAAGAGAACGAAAGGGAGUAAAAAGGGCUCUCCUAGAUUCAUUUUCUACACGCAUCCCCGUCGGAAAGAAUACUAUGACAAUCCUAAUGGUGCUCAAAUAACUAAAGCAUCUCAUUUUGAUUACGAGUUUUUACUUGGACAUAAAAUUGUUUUCAUAUGUGAAGCGAAAGGAGAUCCACAACCAAGAAUUAACUGGUUUAAGGAUGACAUCGAACUCUAUGCACAUCCUUUUAUAAAGAUUACGGAAUGGCAGCUGAAACCCAAACACAUCAAAAGCAAAUUAGAGAUAACACCAGCUCGUCAGAUGGAUUCGGGGAUGUACGAAUGUCAAGCCAAUAAUAAAUACUCAAUCGACAGUAGAAGUUUUAAAGCAGAUUUCAGUACAAUUAGUAAAUAAAUCAAUUUAAUGAAAUUAACUUCUGGUAUGUAAUUAGAAGAACAAAGAAUAUGAAUACUGUAUUUCUUUGCAUUUUUUAAAAAGAAAUCUGUAUUAAAUAACUAUUAAUAUCAUGUGCAUUUUAAAUUAUAAAAAUAAUUUUUGCUUCUAUGUGGAAAAAGUCAUAUGAAUAUAUCAAACAUAAUGUUUCAAUUAUAUAUUACUGCACAUUUUAAAAUAUUAUAA